ACCAAACACUGUGACUAAGAAUUCGAACUAGUGUGAUCGAGAAUUAUUGUGUCAGUUGUCGUCCUCGUGUCUCUCUAGAACGUUUGAUUUCCUAUAAUUAUAUAUUCAAGUGUGAUAAAAUUUAUUUAUAUAAAUGUCAAAUUCAAAAUGGUGUCCAAAUUAUUGUGGUUGGUCCAGUGCAAAUCCACCCGUCUCGUCGGAAUUGAGCUCAUCUGAAUCUAUCACAUCCUCGUCGGAAUUAAGCUCAUCUGCAACUUUUACUACUUGCAGUUGCCCAACGGAAGGCAGAGGCUGCACGGACUGCGACUAUACACUUUUCAAAAACAAGAAAGAAAUAAAGAGAAGCGAAAUUGAAUAUAUAAAAUGUAAAAAAAAAUUAUGGAAAAAAAGAAAUCCGUUCGAAAUGUCUUCGAAAACUUUAAAAAAACUCGAGAGCAAAAAAACAAACAAAAAGCUUUUGGAAGACACGUUUUCUGAUUCUUCCGAUAAUUCCGACUGCAAUUGUUAUCAUUCGCGCUGCAACUGCAACCAAUACAGCAGCAAGAACAAACAGAAAAAUUUGAAAAACAAACAAGAAGAAAGUGGGAGAAGAAAAUGCGAGAAGAAAAUAUCCUCGAAACGUUCAGGAAAAUGUACGAAAACUGCGACAACUUCCGAACCAUUGAAGGGUGCAAAAAAGAAGACGAGUGCAACAAAAUCUUCUGGAAAAGAGAAGACCAGCGUUUUCAAUCCUUGCAAUUCGCGUGGUCAAAAUUGUGCAACGAAAUGCGCAGGAUCCUCGAAGUGUUCGAGAGUGUCGAAAAAAUUUACGAAAAGCGUGAAAAGUAAUAAUAAAGGAUCAUGCAAGUGUACAACAGGAUCUUCUGAAAGAUAUUCAUCGUCAUUCUCAAGCGAGGGUUCUGAGGAUGAGUCGUUUUCAUUCACAAGCGAUGAUUCUGAAUAUGAGUCUUUCAGCGAUGAUGAAGAUGCCCGUGAUUAUUGCUGCGGAAAUGUCCGUCAAUCAUGUCGUAAAACGAAACGUUAACUACAGAAAUUAACUUUUAAAAAAAUUUUACUUACUAUUAUUCAAAUUUAAUAUAUGUAUAAUUAUUUAUUGUAUUGUAGGUUGUAAGAGAUAUUUAUUGUGCGCACGUCAAAAAAACUUUGAUAAAAUAUGAUGAUUAUUUAAUAUUAUAAUUUUAAUUAAUAUUUAUUGUUUCUUAAAAGGAUCUAUAUUUGUACAUAAUGCACAACAAAUAGUAAUUAAUCAAAAAGUUAUGCAUUUUUUUAUAUAUAAUAAAUGAUAAAUUAUAUUUAUUGAUCCUUCCGAGAAAAAUGUAAAAUGUAAAAAGAAUAUGUGAAUAAGAAACCUCAUCCCAUGUAAAAAUAUUUAAAUAUAAGCUACACUUCAGUUAUGUGUAAUAGGAUUUUUACGACGAGAUUAAAAUAUAUU